AUGGAACCAAGCCCGAACGGAACCGAGCUUCGGCAGAGCUGGAGGCACUGUGGAUUCAUUCCCGUCUACCUGGCAGCGGUGCUCGAGUACAUGACCGCCGAGAUCCUGGAGCUGGCGGCAAACACAGCUCAUGACAACAAGAAAACCAGGAUCAUCCCCCAACACCUGCACCUAGCUGUCCGCAAUGACGAGGAGCUCAGCAAGAUGUUGGGAGGAGUGACCAUCACUCAGGGAGUGGUUCUGCCCAACAUUCUGGCGGUCCUGCUGCCCAAGAAGACCGAGAAACCCACCAAGUCCAAGAAGACAGAUCAACAUCUGCAACCAUGGCUGUUUUAA